CCCUUCCUCUUUUGCCGUCGGCACUCUUGAAGAUCUCAUACCCUAAAUCCCUCUAUUGCUGCUGCUCUUCUGCCUUUCUCACCCUUCUGCCCUCACUUUCACCUUAAAUCUCAAACCCUCACUUUCACUUUUCAAGAUUCAAGAAUCUCAGACCCUAAAUCUCAAACCCUCCACUGCUGCCUACUAGUUUGCUACUGGAGCUGUUGUCGGAGCCACACUGCUGCUAGAUUGGACUGCUAUAUACUGCUGCUGGGUGCUGCUAGUGCUGCUGCUAGACACUGUUGUUGGGUGCUGCUGCUAUUGCACGCUACUGCUGAGUGCUGCUGUUGCACGCCGCUGCUGGUCUUGCAUCAAUAUGUCUUCAGCAUAUACUAUAUUCUUCUCCUCCUUUUUGCUAUAGACUUCCAAGCAAAUCUCUUCCCCAAACUAUUGAAACAAAGAUGGGUGCAAGUAUCCUUGCCUCUCUCGUAGAUGUAGCUGUGUCGAAGGUGAUUGCAUUUGUUUCUGAUCAGUUCAAUUUAGUACUGGGAUGGGACAAGGACCUGACAAAGUUUCGUGAUACAAUGGAGAUGCUCCGAGGUUUCUUGCAAGAUGCUAAUGAAAAGAACGUCAGUGACGACCAUGCUCUGAAGUCGUGGCUCCAGGGUCUUCGAGAUAUUGCAGAUGAGGCUGAUGAUAUACUGGAGGAGGUCGCUUAUGAAGGUAUGCAGCGGAAAAAUAAGAAAUCGAAGGUCAGGCACUUGACUCUGCCUGACCCCUCGACCUUGCGAUUUCGCCGGGUAAUGGCUGAUAGAGUUGCGGAUUUGAAUAAAAGACUUGCUGAUAUCAAUUCCUCGGCUCAGCAGUUGAGACUUCAAAAAAAACUUGCAAACAUGGUUCCUGAACCCAGAGGCAGGGCAAUUCCAGAGACUCACUCUUUUCUUUCAUCUCAAGUGUUUGGAAGAGACGAAGAUGUCUCUAAAAUAGUCAGGUCGUUGGUUGACUCAAGUAGUCAGCAUGACCUCCCUGUCAUGAUUAUAGUGGGUAUGGCAGGCCUUGGCAAAACCACUAUAGCAAAAGCAGUGCUUAAAAAUGAUAAAAUACGAGAACAUUUUGGUGAUAAUAAAAUGUGGGUUUGUGUAUCUGAAAAUUUUGAUGUCAAAAUGAUUUUAAUGGAGAUGUUGAAGUCUUGUGGUGGAAGUAGUAGUGGUGAUGGUGAUUUUGGAAGCAAAGAUAUAGUGAUGAAGAAAAUACAAGAGAAGUUGAGGGAGAAAAAUUAUCUUCUCAUACUAGAUGAUGUCUGGAAUGAGGAGAGACAGAAGUGGGAGGAUUUAAGGGAUUGCUUGUUGGGAAUAAGUGGAAGUAAGGGGAGUAGGGGUAAGGUGCUUGUGACAACCCGGCUUGAAGAUGUUGCAUCAGUAAUGGCACUUACUGAUGAACACAUCCAUCGUCCUCGGCUAUUAAAGGAAGAUGAGUGCUGGACUAUAAUCAAGCAGAGAGCAUUUGGAGACAAUUCAGUACCUGAGGGGUUAGAGGGAAUUGGGAAACAGAUUGCUAGAAGGUGUAAAGGCGUUCCACUAGUUGCAAAUAUUACAGGGGCUAUUUUACAGAAUAAGAGGGACAAAAGGGAGUGGCAGGCCAUUACAGAGAAUUGUGUUUGGGAUUCACUGGAAAAGCAGGAGGGGAUCUUGGAUAUUGUAAAAUUCAGCUAUGAUCGCUUGCCCACACUGGCUUUGAGGCAAUGUUUUGCAUUUUGUUCCAUUUUUCCUAAGGAUUUUGUCAUGGAAAGGGAGAUGCUAAUUCAACUUUGGAUGGCUCAAGGAUUUCUUGAAUCACCUGAAGAAAUUAGUAAUAUGGAAGCGGAAGAUAUUGGUGACAAGUAUUUCAGAUAUUUGUUAUCAUAUUCCCUAUUUCAAGAUGAAAUUAGGGAUGAUGUAACUGGGAGUGUUGAAUUUUGUAAGAUGCAUGAUUUGAUUCAUGAUUUUGCCCAGUCAAUUUCAAAAUCUGAGACGCUGAUUGUUGAGGAGCGGCCUAGGAGCAAUAUUUCUCAUGAUGUUAGGCAUUUGAAUCUAAUUGAUGGGAGGGAUAUGGUGCCAUCUAUUUUAGGGGAUGUUGCUGAAAAGUUGCAGACAUUGUUUUCCAAGCAUAGUUUUUCUAAUGGUGUGCAAGUGGAUCUUAUAAGGUUGCGAGUUCUCAGCCUUAGAGGUGUUUAUGAUGCAAAACAAUUGCCAACGUGCUUUGGCAACUUGAAGAGGUUGAGGUACUUGGACAUUUCAAGAACUCAGAUAAAAGAACUGCCUGAAUUCAUCUCCGAGUUGUACAAUCUACAGACAUUUAGAUUCACGGAAUGCAGAUCUCUUAAAAUGCCUCCCGGUGGAAUAGGAGAUUUAAUCAACUUGAAGCAUAUUGAUUUCAGUGAUGAAGAGCGUAUGCCUGCAAACCUUGGGAGACUAACCAACCUACAAACAUUGCCAUUAUUUUUUGUAGGUACAACAGAAGGACGUAAAAUUGAAGAAUUGGGAAGCUUAAGAGAACUCAAAGGAAGACUAAAGAUCUGUAAGCUUGAGCUUGUUGCAAGCAAAUCGGAAGCAGAGGGAGCAAAGUUCAAAGACAAGGCAGUUGGGCAUUUGAUAUUUCAUUGGUCGGAAGGCAAAGGCAAUCAAGAUAAAGAUGAAGAUGUCUUAGAAGGCCUCCAACCCCCCUCAAAUAUAAGAAGAUUAAGGAUUGCUGGCUAUGGAGGUAGAAAGUUGGCAUCAUGGAUGUUGUCACUCAACAAUUUGGUGGAUCUGACAAUAUCCAGGUGCUAUAUGCUUCACAGAAUUCCAGAUAUCAGUGGGCUUCUAUCUCUUCAGCAGCUUCAUGUUCGCCAGUGUGAUGAAGUAACUAGUUUGGGUGAUGGUGAUGGAGCAUUUACGUCUCUCAAACAAUUAUCCAUAAACGGGUGUGGUAAGUUAGAGAGAGUUUUGGUUAGUGGAUUAUCAUCUCUGGAGGAACUCAAGAUUGUGUAUGGCUGGGUGAUAAAUAGCAUAGGAGAUAGCCUAUCAAGCUCCACGUGUCUCAAACAUUUGCAUCUGGAAGGCUGUCUUAAAUUGCAGUCUAUUCCAAGUCUAGAAGGACUUGUCUCUCUCAAAACAAUAUAUAUUUCCAGAUGUGAUGAAUUAGAGCGUCUACCGAGUGGGCUCUCAUCUUGCACUGCUCUGGAGAAAUUGAAUAUAGAGGGAUGCUCUAAUUUGGUUUCUAUUCUUGAAGAAUUGAAACAGUUGCAGUCUCUUGUUGAGUUGAAAUUUUGGAGUUGUCCAAAAUUGAAGUUUAUUCGUCUAGAAGGACUUGUCUCUCUCAAAACAGUAUAUAUUUACCAAUGUGAUGAAUUAGAGUGUCUUCCGAGUGGGCUCUCAUCUUGCACUGCUCUGAAGAAAUUGAAGAUAAAUGAAUGCUCUAGUUUGGUUUCUAUUCCUGAAGAAGUGAAACAGUUGCAGUCUCUUGUUGAGUUGGAUUUUGAAAAGUGUCCAAAAUUGAAAUUUAUUCCAAGUCUAGAAGGACUUGUCUCUCUCAAAACAAUAAAUAUUUACUUUUGUGAAGAAUUAGAGCGUCUACCGAGUGGGCUCUCAUCUUGCACCGCUCUGGAGAAAUUGGAGAUAACGGGAUGCUCUAAUUUGGUUUCUAUUCCUGAAGAAUUGAAACAGUUGCAGCCUCUUGUUGAGUUGAAAUUUUGGAGUUGUCCAAAAUUGAAGUUUAUUCCAAGUCUAGAAGGACUUGUCUCUCUCAAAAAAAUAAAUAUUUUCAAUUGUAAAGAAUUAGAGCGUCUACCGAGUGGGCUCUCAUCUUGCACUGCUCUGGAGAAAUUGGUGAUAACGGAAUGCUCUAAUUUGGUUUCUAUUCCUGAAGAACUGAAACAGUUGCAGUCUCUUGUUGAGUUGGAUUUUGAAAAUUGUCCAAAAUUGAAAUUUAUUCCAAGACUAGAAGGACUUGUCUCUCUCAAAACAGUAAUUAUUACCGGAUGUCAUGAAUUAGAGCAUCUACCGAGUGGGCUCCCAUCUUGCACUGCUCUGGAGAAAUUGGAGAUAUGGGGAUGCUCUAAUUUGGUUUCUAUUCCUGAAGAAUUGAAACAGUUGCAGUCUCUUGUUGAGUUGAAUAUUAAGAAAUGUCAAAACUUGAGGAGCUUCCCAGAGGAGAUCUUGGGCUCUCUUGCCAGCCUGAAGGAAUUAGGGCUUGGCCCUUUCUCAGAAGAGCUGAAGGAAUUCCCAGAUUUGAGUUCCACUUCCUCCCUUGAAGUCUUGCGUUUGGAAGGAUGGGGGGAAUCGCUAACUCUGCCACAUCAAAUUGAUCGCCUCACUGCUCUCAGGAACUUAACUAUCACAAGCGUCAAUGGAGUGGAAGAAGCUUUAUUGGAAAACCUUUCUUGUCUUAAAACACUUGAAAUUCAAAAUUGUUGUCGGUUAAGGUGUCUAUCAGGUGGGCUGUCAUCUCUUGAGGACCUGGUGAUAACAAAUUGCCCGAAAUUUGUGGGCUUCCCAGAGGAGAGUCUCGGCUGCUUUACUAGGUUGAAGGGAUUAGAGAUCGGCCGUUUCUCAGAAGAGCUGGAAGAAUUCCCAAGUCUGAGUUCCAUCCCCGCCUCCCUUGAAUAUUUGAGCCUGACGGGAUGGGAAAAACUAACUCACCUUCCACAAAUUCAACACCUCACUGCUCUAAAGCAGUUGUGUAUAGAGCACUUCAGUGGAAUGGAAUCUUUGCGAGACUGGUUUAACAACUUGUCCUCCCUUCAAGAACUUAAAAUUUGGGGCUGCCCAAACGAGUUAAAGGAAAGAUGCACCGAGGGAAGCGGUCCUGACUGGCACAAGAUUUCUCACAUUCCAGACAUCGAAAUAGAUGGGAUCCCCAUCCAAUACGAAGAUGGAUACGAAUCCGAAGACUGAGGCAAAGAGGUUUGUGUUUCUUUUUUCUCACAACUGCACUUGUACAAAUUCCCGACACCAAAAAGUAAAAUCUCUCUCCUCAUCCUCUAUCAAUUAAUUGGAUUGAUGCUG